AUGAGCAGUCUUGAAGAGAUUGAUUUUUCGAGCGUUUUACCUCCAAUGAGUGAUGAAGCGCUUGAGGCAGAAAAAAGACUUGAAAGGACAAUUUCAAUCGUCGUUCCGAUGUUCUUUUCUGUUAUUGGAUUUAUUGGAUUUGUUGGAAAUAUAUUAGUGAUAAUUACAGUCUUGUUUAAUGUUCAAAUGCGCAACACUACAAACUUACUUAUCCUCAACUUAUCAUUGGCAGAUCUUUUAUUCAUCAUAUUUUGCAUCCCAUUUACUGCUGUUGAUUAUAGCUUUGGUCAAUGGCCUUUUGGGUUGUUGUGGUGUAAAAUAGUUCAGUAUCUUAUUGUCGUGACUGCUUAUAUCUCAAUCUACACACUUGUAUUAAUGUCAAUGGAUCGAUUUCUUGCUGUCUGCUAUCCAGUGUCAAGAAUUCGCAGUGAAAGGAAUACUUUGAUAUCGAUUAUAGUCCUUUGGGCAGCAGUGUUAUCGACAAACCUGCCAGUAUUUCAUGCACACGGACUUAAUGAAUAUCUCGAUCAAGGAAGGAAUUUAACGUCAUGCACUUUCAUCACAAACAAUGAUUUCUUAUCCUGGAGUGCCUUUCAUAUCUCAUUGUUCACAAGUUCAUAUUUAUUGCCGCUUCUUCUCAUAUCAGUUUUGUAUCUCUUUAUGCUGAUGCGACUGUGGAAAAGCAAUUUAACACAAUCGAAAGAAUCAAGGAGGGGCAAGAGACGAGUAACUCGUCUUGUUAUUGUAGUUGUUGCGUGUUUCGCGUUACUUUGGCUGCCAAUUCAAACAAUUUUGCUAUUAAAAAGUCUUCAACUUUAUCAUUCAGACACUCAUCUAACCAUUGCGCUGCAAAUAAGUGCGCAUUGUCUUGCAUACACAACUUGUUGCAUCAAUCCAUUGCUCUAUGCUUUCUUAUCAGAAAAUUUCCGGAAAUCAUUCAGAAAGAUUGUUUAUUGUGGUUCUUCAAACCCUCGGAAUCGCCAUAAUAAUCACCAACCAAUGGUGCCGACAUCAACAAAAGUUACACGUACAAGCUUCUAGUAAUGGAGAAAUUAAUAAUCCAAAGCAGAUGAGAUUUCAACGUUCAAGACAGACGAGAUUUAAUCAUUUUCAUUUUAAACAUUUAAACAUAAUCGUUGCAGAAAGAUCGAUUGAAAAUUAAUGAAACUCCGUAUUUCCAACGUAUGUAUAUUAUUGUUUAAAACUGCUAAUGUUGAAAGAUGAAAAGUAAUCGGCGGACGUCCACAAACCUAAACUGUUUACUUAACAGUCUGUUUUUAAUUAUGUAGAUAUGAUUAUUUGUUUUAUUUCCACUCCCGAUAAGAGAGAAACUUAAUUUUUAUUAUUUAUUUACUUAAAUAAUCGCUAACGAUGAACAAUUUUAAAUUCCUCUUCUUAUGAAUCUUGGGAGUUAAGAUUAUUUCUGUUACUUCACGAGAGAAUGACCUAAGAGAAGAAAAAAAUAUUAAACACCCACAAUGUGUGGCAAAUGUGAAAACAGAUAUUCAGAAUUGUAAAUAAAGUUUCAUUGCUUUUUUCCAUUAAAUGAAAGAAAAAAGAGAAAAUCUUUGUUCGUAAUGUGAAAAUAUUCAGGAAACACAGAACGUUAAGGUACUCGAAAGCUCUAAACGUGCGAACGCGUUCCAUUAAAAGUGUCGUCAGAAUAUCUAAAUGUUUUAAUCGUUCUAAUUAAUAAUAAUAAAAAAUAAGUAAAUUUCUAUUCUUAUCCAAUUUUAUAAUCUAAGAAAAUAUAUAAAAAGUUUUAAGAAAAUAAAACGAAUAAAAAACAAGGAAUUUCUUUACUGAUGCAAG